GCAACCUUCGGAUCGCAAGAAGGAACAUAUCAAACGGCCAAUGAACGCAUUUAUGGUAUGGGCCCAGGCGGCUAGACGUGUUAUGUCUCAACAGCAUCCACAUUUGCAAAAUUCGGAGUUAAGCAAGUCGCUGGGAAAAUUAUGGAAAAAUCUUAAAGACUCCGACAAGCAACCAUUUAUGGAUGUGGCAGAGAAAUUACGCAAAACCCAUAAGCAGGAUCAUCCGGACUAUAAAUAUCAGCCACGAAGGAAAAAAGGACGUACCCUCACGUCCAGUGCAGUGCAAUGCAGUACGGAUGGCCUAAAAACGGAAGCAUACACAACAAGAAACAAACAACUGUCGACAACAGGCGGAGCAGCAGCAUCAACAUCAACGGCCACAACCAAUAGUCAUUUGUCAUCCAAAACCAUGGCAACAGCUGGAAAUCGCUUGAAUGGCAACAAAGCCAACGGCAAACAAAGAAACCGUGAACAACCACCGCAACAACAACAACAACACCAUCAUCAACACCACCAGUCACCAAUGUCAGAUAAUGGCAAAUCUACAACCCAUUUCAUUUCUGCAAUGGAUAUUAAUGGAACAUUAAAGAAUUCCUGUAAAAAUGUGUCCUCAAUGUUGACUCAAGGUCGUCUCAUGGGACCGGCACAUGCUGCCGCCGAUGAAAUUUCAGCGGAAUUUAUGUUUAAUCGUUAUGAUUAUAGCAAAUCGUUGGAUUCACCUGGUUCCACGACUAGUUCAUUGUUAUCCUGUGCCACCUCGGCCAAUGAUUCCCAGCCACUGACACCGCCAGCUACACCAUAUUGCAACGCUACACAACAACGUUUGACAGGUCCUCAGGCACCACUGCACAAUCAGCCACGUCAAGCAACAAGAAAUUUUUUGCAGCAACAGGUUUACGAGGUUGUGGGUGGCAGUGCUGGUGGCGGUUUAAGUGAAUAUCAGCUACUUAACAUUGAAGGACGUGAAUUUAUAUCCUUGGAUGAUUAUCCUUAUAAUACAUUGGGUGGGCCGGUAGCUAAUAGUGGAGGUGGUGGUGUUGCUCCACUAGCAAUAAAUGUCGAUAUUCAUGAUGGCAGUCAUCAAUAUUCCUAA